UACCAAUCCUCGGGCACGUCUCUACCAGCCAGCCAGAGUUACAUCAUCCGAUCGUCACCGGGCCAAUAUGGAGCAGAAAUUCAACGAAUCCGCCGAAAAGGUGAAAACCUUCACCAAGCGUCCGAGCGAUUCGGAACUGCUGGAACUGUACGCACUCUUCAAGCAGGCCACCGUCGGUGACAAUGACACGGAAAAGCCCGGUAUGUUCGAUCUGAAGGGUAAGGCCAAAUGGCAGGCGUGGGCCGACCGGAAAGGUACCUCCAAGGAAGCCGCCAUGGAAUCGUACAUUAAGAUGGUCGAGGAACUAUCGGCAAAGUAUGCGUAAAUGGAGUGCAACCGCAUUGCUUAAACAACAAAUCUAAACGGUGGGAAAAAGGGGGAAAUUUGUUAAUUACUUUUAUUCUAUUCACUCACAACUGGGCCAUAGCAAUGCCUUACCGUACCGAUCCUUUUCCUUUUUGUUGAAAUGCAGUUAAACUUCCACGUCGCGCAUAGUACGGAUCAGUUGCCGCUUGAUACAGUUGCUGUUAUCUGUUUCUUAUUUCGGGUGCACUUUGGACAAAGCCGUACUGUGGCCGUUUAUUGAUCGCGAUCGAAAGAAAUCGGGACUAUGUUUGUUUUUUAGCUAAGGAAAAGGAAGUUGCGCAAUGGACUGCACCAUACGUCAGCUAGGGAAGAUUAACAACCAAAACAAAUGACUACAGGGUUGAAUACGCUUACAAAGUAAAUAAAGUUAUACAAACUAUGA